AUGAAAAUUGAGUUUGAUGACGAAUCCAAAUAUGACAGAUUGGACAGAGUGUAUCUAGGUGUAUUAGCUACCGAAAGCUUACAAAAGUUAAAAAAUAACUCACAGGUUCCUAAAACUGAUGUCAAUAUGUUUUUGAUAACUUGUCGCAGCUUUUAUGUGGAGUUGGCUAAACAAAUCCUAAAGAGGUUUGACUUUAAAGACAGUCUUUUUAAUUUUAUUGACUUGGUAAAUCCUUCUGUUGCUCAAAGUUUCACUUUCAAAUCUUUGAAGCCUAUCUUUGUAAGAUUUCCAGUAUUGUACGAUUAUUACAACAUGCAAGAAGUUGACGAUGAAUGGCGAGAAUAUGCUCUACUUGAUCAUGAAAGCUACGAAUUGCAUCCUUCAGAUGAUGCUGAGGAGUAUUGGCGUAAAGUUUUCCACCUAAAAAACGCCCUCGGUCAGUUUGUUUCCAAAUUUAAGGUUUUCGCACAUUAUAACAACUCACCGGCGACUCGACUCUAUGCUAGACAUUGA